CUAUCAGCCAUCAGCGGUGCCGCGACUUCUUCGGCAAUCGCGCCGCGCGAAUAUCGAGCAAGCCGUGCUAGCUUGCGCGAAGCGUUUUCGUUUUGUUUUUUCGGUCACGGCUGGCCGCGAUGGACCAGCGGCCGCAGUUCCGGUAUUGAUAAAACAAGUGACGGUGCCAUGGCAGGAAGUAUCAAGUGUUCUAUGACACAGAGGGACUCCCUUGUUAAAAGUGUAUUUGUUUAGUAACCUUAGGGAUAUUGGGACAGGUGUAAAAAGACGAGAAUUUUAUUAGUGCUUUAGUGUGAAUUGUAGAGGAUAUUGUUGCAGCUGCAAAGGUUUGACUACUUUCCCAAGAUCGCCAUCAUUCGCCCGGAAAUGCUUGCGACCGAAUAUCAACACCGUUCCAGCACCACCUCAGCAUCUUCAACCUCAAAGUACUCCUGCUCAGCGGUGUCCUCAGAAACCCUGAGUGGCUCGUGCGGCAGCCGCAACAACCGCGUGCGGACAGUACGACUUGUGCGAAGACACGCUGGGAGUGCGAGUGGUACCUUAAGCAGGGCGCACCAUCUUCAGCCGCCACUGGGCUUCAGCAUCAGGGGCGGACAUGAGCAUGGUACCGGAGUCUUUGUCAGCCAUGUUGAGCCGGGGUCGGAAGCUGAUCAGCAGGGACUUAGGGUCGGAGACCAAAUAAUAAGGAUAAACGGCUUCACAAUCGAGGAUGCUGUGCACAAAGAAGUGUUGCAGCUGAUCUCCAAUCACACGCAUCUAACGCUGAAAGUGAGAGGCGUGGGAAUGAUCCCAGUUAAAGAGCAGAAGAAUGAUUCUCUGAGUUGGCAGAUAAUUUCACCAAGUACCUCAUCAUCUAGAUCGUCACCACAGUUUGGUGAGAAAACGAGGGAUGUACGGAUCAACAUUUUUGUGGCACCAAGAUCAAAAUUAGGAUGUGGAAUAUGUAAAGGUCCAGACUGGAAACCAGGAAUCUUCAUCCAGUUCACCAAAGAAGGAGGGAUAGCUAGGGAAGCAGGACUGAGGCCUGGGGACCAGAUUGUGCAAUGUAAUGGAGUCGACUUCUCAGAUGUACCGUUCAACGAGGCCGUGAACUUGAUGAAAACAUCCCGUCAACUGGACCUACUAGUUCGCAAGUCGGCAGCUUCAGAACUGUUCCCUGGCGAAUCCAGCGGUUACAACAGUUCAGCGAGUUCGGUGACCGAAGACCAGAACCCAGCAUGGUCCGAUCCAAAGAGGUUGUCGAUCGUAAAGGAAGAAAAUCACGAUCUGGAAGAUCGAAUAGCGCAUGAGAGGCUGAACAAAAGAAUUUCAUCGAAUAGUAUUAAAUGGGAACUGGAUGAGUGGAACGAAGAAACUGAAAGUCAAUACUACAAGAAAACGAUUAUAAAUCUAUCAGACUCAGGUUCUACGAUAAAAAGUUUAGCCGAGGAAUGCCGGCCAUCUGAAGCGAAUACUGCUAAAAAGGAAUUGGAAAAGGAGAAUCAGACUGUGGUAGAAGUACACAGGAGUCAAGUAGAUGAGGAAACAGAAAAUAGUCACAAUAUGUUAGCGAAAAGUGCUUCAGUCGGUAGUUUUGCAAGCGUUACCAGUAAGAGUAGUAUUACAAGUGCCACAAGCAGUUUAUCUUCUGCUAUCUCUAUGGAAAUACAGCGCAGGAUACAGAAACAAGCUUCGAAGGAAGCGAACAAUUCUAUAGACGAGCAGCUGCAAGUGAAGAAAAUGUUGAAAAAUGUUACUUUCGAUCAACAACAUCAACACAACAAAUUGAUGAACGAGUUCAAGCAGGUGCAUCAGAAAAUGUUUAAACCCAGUGAAAACGAUGAUACCAAACAGAAUGAAGUCAUUGGAAAAGAAACAAUGUAUCGCUUAGCGCACAAGGACCUUUCCAAGAAACUAUCCAACAAGCUGUUCGAUCUCGUGAGUGCUGAAGAGACGAGAUCCGAAAGCAGCAAGAAACCUGGAGCGACCGAUUCUCCACCUCCCCCUCCUCCACCCCCACCUUCUAAAGCCUGCGACCAAGAGCCCUCCACCACUAACACAUCAACCCUGAAACCGACCAAAACUAAACCUAAAGCUCCUCCCGUUCCCCCAGUUAAACAUUCAACCCUCUCAUUUCGUCAACCACCUCCUUGCCCCACCCCUGACUACGACACCCUCAGCAUAGCUUCGUCCACCUCCACGAUGCUCAAAAAGGAUCAGGACGCGGUAGAGAUGGAGUCCUUGGACUCAUUCAGGAUGAAUGGUCCAACUGGCGUACAGCCCAAGCCUCCCAGCACUUAUUUCCAGAAGACGGAGACGGUGGGAGGUGAAGAAGGACAGUAUGGGGCUAUUAAGGGACAUAAACCUGUAGAGAAGUCGAAAAGCGUCAGUGUGAUCAUAGGAGAAUAUCAGGCAAACACCCAACCAGGUAAACUGAACUUUCUGAGAAGAGGUCCAGACACUUUCAAGCCUGCUGGAUCAAGGACGGGACUAGCAGACGAAUUACGGCAUACACUCAAUAGAUCUAAUUUGAGGAAAAGAACGGAAUCAAUGGAUGACUUGUUAUCAACGACGCAACAGAUAAAACCUCAGAGCAAUGGGACCGUAAGGAUUUCGUUGAAAAGCAGUUUAUCGAAGGAGUUUACAAAGUCCACCAGUGAUUUGACGGAAGAUUUUGAAACGUCGUUCAAACCGAGAAAUAAAAUUACGAUAAACGUUAAUAGUGACAAGAAGUUUGAUGGUAGCUGUUAUGGAAUAUUUAAAAGUAAUUAUGGUUAAAACAGGUAAUCUCAGGACUGUAUACGAAUAUGAUAUCUCCCAGUGCAAUGUGCUAAUUCUUUGUUGAGAAAAACUGAGAAAGUGCAAAUAUAUAUUUUUUUAUAGUUAGCUUACAUCUACAAUUGUGCCGAUUUAGUUUUUGUGAAGUAUUCGAUAUUUAUUAUCAUUAAUUUAUACCACUUAUCUAUCAAUAAAGGAUAUUUGCCUUAAAACAAUA